AAAACCACCAACUGUCUAUUACUAUACAUAGCAGCUUAAAUCAGGUCCAGUACUCCUUAACAGAGAACAUAAUAUAGUGCUGCUAUUUUUACACAGAGAGCAAGACAGCGUGGUGCUGGGAAUAGGAGGGUCUCUUUGUUCUAUUAAGAGAAUGAUCGGCAUGGGAGACAUCGAAGGUGUAAUGCAAUCGAGUGAACAUUUUCCUUGAUUGCUCGUCUUAAUCUUGUUUCGUUUUCACCAUCUGUUUCUGUGGUGAAAAGGGAAGCAAGGUUGGUAUCAAAAUGUCCAAUAUGGAGAACAAGAAAGGAAACAUAUUGAUGCAGAAGUACGAGCUGGGGCGCCUUCUCGGGAAAGGUACAUUUGCAAAGGUAUACCAUGCUCGAAACAUGAAGACCGGCCAAAGUGUUGCCAUUAAGAUCAUAGACAAGGAGAAGGUGCAACAAGUGGGAUUGAUUGAUCAAAUCAAGCGUGAAAUCUCUGUGAUGCGCCUUGUUAGGCACCCAAAUGUUGUUCAGCUCUAUGAAGUGAUGGCCAGCAAGACCAAAAUCUACUUUGCCAUGGAGUAUGUGAGAGGUGGUGAGCUCUUCAACAAGGUUGCCAGGGGAAAGCUCAAGGAAGACAUGGCUAGAAAAUACUUUCAACAGUUGAUUGGCGCCGUUGAUUACUGCCACAGCCGCGGAGUUUAUCACCGUGACAUCAAGCCAGAGAAUCUCCUGGUUGAUGAGCAUGGUAACCUCAAGGUUUCAGAUUUCGGGCUGAGUGCAUUGUGGGAGUCGAGAGGUCAAGAUGGUCUGCUGCACACAACUUGUGGAACUCCUGCUUAUGUAGCACCAGAAGUGAUCAACAAGAAAGGUUAUGAUGGUGCCAAGGCUGAUAUAUGGUCAUGUGGGGUUGUCCUUUACGUUCUUUUGGCUGGUUUUCUUCCAUUCCAUGACACAAAUCUCAUGGAAAUGUACAGGAAGAUCAGCAGAGGAGACUUUAAGAGUCCGCAUUGGUUCCCUCCAGAGGUUCGUAAGCUUCUUGCACGGAUUCUUGAUCCGAAUGCCACCGCGAGAAUAAGUGUGGACAAGAUCAUGGAGAACAGUUGGUUCAAGAAGGGGUUUAAGCACAUUGAUGCCCCAUUACCGAUUCCAGGUGAUCCAAACACAUCUAUCACUGAUGUGCAUUCUGCUUUUGGAUCACCAGACAGUUCUAAUAGGAAACCAGCAAUUACUACUGCAGCAGCAAGCCCCAUGAAGCCAACUAACUUCAAUGCCUUUGACAUCAUAUCUCUCUCACCCGGAUUUGAUCUAUCCGGUUUGUUUGAGGGUGAUAUGAAGCAAAGAUCAUCACAGUCACGAUUCACCACUACAAAACCAGCCUCUACUAUUGUUUCAAAAUUUGAAGAGAUAGCGCAGAUGGAGAGAUUCAGAUGCAUGAAGCAGGACGGAACUGUCAAGUUGCAGGGCAGCAGGGAAGGAAGAAAAGGGCAGCUUGGUAUUGAUGCUGAGAUUUUCGAGGUCACGCCUUCGUUUUUUGUUGUGGAGGUGAAGAAAACAGCUGGGGACACAUUGGAAUACAUGCAAUUCUAUGACCAAGAUUUAAAGCCCUCUCUUAAAGACAUAGUAUGGACUUGGCAAGGAAAUGAUCCACAGCAACAACAUCAGCCAGCAACCCAAGUUAUUUCUUAGGCUUUUCGAUAUCUUGAUACAUGCUAAACUGUGUAUUAACUAAUUCUAAACAUUUGUAUCUAUGUUUCAUUACAUUUUCAGGGUUUUUAAUCUUUUUUGUCUUUUUUGUAUGUUGUGUUUGUCCUCUCUUCUGAUUCGAGAGAUCUAAAUGUAAGAAGGUACUUCACAAAUAAUAUGGUUUCAAAUAUUUGUAAAA